UUCAAGAAACGGUGACCACUGAAACAAUCAACAACAAAAAAAAUGUUCUUGUGCUUCAAUGUGCCUAAGGAAGUUUUGCUUUGAAAUAUAUAUAUACUGUAUAGGGCAGGCUCAAGCUUUCAGAAUCUAGAGUCACAAACUAUUUUGUUUGUAUUUUUUCUGUAGUGCUUCUUGUAUCUCACAGCUUUUUUACCGUUUCCAGUGAAAGUCACACUUAGUUUUUUACUGGUUAUUUGCAAACAGAAUCCACUCCCACUAUACCUAAAAAACUACAGACGUCCUUAAAACUGGACCAUUUACAAAUUUCUGUACACUAGAUUGCAUUUUGUGAAUGUUACAUUUAUUAGUUAAUUUGAUUUCCUCUCAGAAUACUCUCAGAUCCAUCAAACAUUUGCAUUUAUCAACCCAUUUUACAGGUUCCAAGCAGGAAGUCUGCAGAUUCUCUCUUUGCAUAUCAAAAAAUGACUACUCUCCUCGCUUACAAUAUAAAAGAUCAGUCAAAAACAUGUUAAAAGGGAAGGUUUUAAAAUUGCAAUAUUUUUACAAUUUCUUAAUUCUUAAUUAGUUUUAAUUCAUUAGCCAAUAUCAGUGUCUAAACAUGGUUUUAUUGAAUGUGCCACAUGAUAUAUUCGAAUGAAAGUUUUAAAACCUCAGCAUUUUUUUUGUCUGCAAUUUGCCAUUUGCCACUCAUAUUGAAUUUUUGUUUCAUAGUUCAUUAAGAAUAAUAAUACCUAUUUUUUUUAAAGCAUGCAUCUAAUUCCUUCAAAACCUGGAGCAUUAACUUACACAGCCGUCUUCCUUUUCCGCUUGUAAAAUGCUGUACUUACACUUCCCAUAGAAUGCCAACCCUUUGCAUGAGCUAGAGAGAAAUAACAAAAUGCCGCAAUGUACAAUAAAUACAGCUUACAAGUUUUCAUAUACACAGUACCUGGAGUUUGUCGCCUGAUAAGUACUGUCAGCUUGUAAAUAGGGACUUCAUAUUUGUUUUGCCUUUGGUUUGUUUUAAACAUAUUCUCUUAAGCUCAUUACCUGUUUUAACUUUAUAUCAGCACUUGCAGAGAGAACGUUUAUGUACCUACUCAAUCCUCGGCUGGUUAAUAUGCGUUUAUGUGUAUGCUGGUGUAAGUGAUUGACCAGCAUGUGGAACACUACAAAUAUUGAUUAUUUCUCAUUAAAGAAAAGGCAUUAGUAGCAAGAUCCACCCAAAAUAGCAUCACUUUAAUUAGAUAAUUAGUUAAUUACAGUUGGAAUUACAGUCUUCACUCUGCCCUAAGAAAUCAGUCACCUUAAAACAGCUGUUUUCUACCAUCACUGCAAUAAAUCCUUUGGCCAAAUGAGAUUACGGGCUAUGUUCUAUGUUCAUUGGAUCAUUGUUAAAUAACAAAAAAAAACAGCAACAGAAUUUUCCUGGACACCCUGAAAUGCUGUUUUUCCAUUUAGUUGACAUACCCCUUUGCCUUCUGUUAAAUGACCGAUCUAUUUAGCGUUUAGUGAAAUGCUAGUAUGCUAGUGUCUAGUAUACUGUAGUCUAGCAGACCGUCCAAAACAAAUUUUCACAUCAUUGAGAUUCUUUUCUUGUUGGAUCUCAACUUUUUCCCUCCCAUGCAUUUGUGAAUCGAACAUCUAAACUGCACAUUAUUAUUAUGGCAAUGAACUGACCUGACAGUACAAUGAACAGAACUAGCAAGUUGUAAAUGUUCCAAAGGCUGAAGUAGUGAUGUAAUAGUCUGAGGAAAAAAAAACAAUACAUGGUGAUUACAGUUUUGCAUCUGUAUCAUUUUUAUUUAUCUUUUUCUUACGGAAUAUUGUUCACAAUUUAUGAAGUUAAAUGUACAGUGUACAAAAGAAUGUUAUAGGGUGGGACAUUGUACAUUACUGUAAUUAUUUGUGUUAAUUUUUAUUUGUAUCAUAAAUGCCUUGUACAGUGUUUUUUUCUGUUUUAUUUGUUGUUGUUGUUUUAUCAUUUGGAAUUAUUUUAUAUUUUAUUUUUAUAAACUUGCUAUGAAUAAAAUUUUCAUUCAGCAUGUCAGCAUAGGUCUCCGAACAUGAAAUGUCUCUAUAUUUAAAUGUUCUAAAUUCUGAAUAAAUUGCCAAUUUUACCGUUGCGACUUUUAUUUUGAAAACCUGACGUAAAUUAUUGUAGUUUCACGUAACCAGUAACUAUAGAAACCGGACUUGUUUAUGACGUUUAAUCUGUAACUUUAACGAGUCCCGAUUUAAAUGUUUUAAUAAAAUGCUGGACCUCACUUCUAACUUAAACUCUCUCGGAUUUGAGGCUGGACUCAGUGAAGUUGAGAAAGAAUUGCUUUUUCUGCGCAGUCGAUCUGCUGGGCUGACCGUAAGUGGAUGUGCGCAUGCUUUAUUCGUCUGUGAACUUUUCAGAUUGUUAAGAAAGAAACUGAACGCUGAGAAUGGCAGCAAUGUAAACACACAUCUGUCUGUUGGCAUACUGGGUGGAGGUCACGUGGGCAAACAGCUGGCAAAGCUUUUACUGCAUUCAUCCAACCUCAAGCCAUCCGACAUCAACAUCUCAACUAAAACACAUGAGACCUUAGGGGAGAUUUCAAACAUUGGUGUUGAGUGUUACUUUGACAACAUUAGACUGGUUAAAUGGGCAGACAUGCUCUUCCUCUGUGUGUUGCCCUCUCAUCUUCCUCAAAUAUGCUCAGACAUUCGCUGCCAUCUGUCUUCAGACUGUCUUGUGUACAGUUUCACCUCAGCAGUGCCAUUGAACAGGCUUGCAAUGCUUCUUGAACACAGUUUUAUUAUUAAACCUCAGUAUGAGUUUGUGGCUUGUGAUGAUGUCACUACAAUUUGGCUCCUCCACAAUCAAGUUUCCGCAGCUUUAAAGGACAAGGAAGUGCUUUCGGCAUCACUUCCUCUUUCGAUGAAGGGUGGCCUGUUCCUGGAUCAGAGAUGGGUAUCAGCUCUGCUCUACGGUCUCCUCAACAUGUGCUCGGCUGCCAAACUGGGCUCCGGAAAGACUCUUCUCCUGCUAAAUGGGCUGUUUGAGACCGCUGUUUCAACAAACACAUUUACUUAUCACAGUUUUGUAAAUUCGCCCUGUGCAUCUGAUCCCAAUAAACCCGAUGAGCUUUUUCCGUGGAUCAAUUUGGUUGACGCACAAACUAAAGACACUCCAUUGACUGAUUUGGUGUUGAGAAAUGAAGCUUUGCGAGACUGCAUUUCAGUCAUGUACUACAAUGUAUUUUCAAACCUAGAAUAAGGAUAGGACGUCAUUUUGUUCACUGAGACAAAUCAAUUCAAUUAUGCGACAUUUUAGUUUCAUUGUGUACAUUUCUGUGUUCAUGUUCAAUCUGUUGUGUGCAGAUGUUUGUAAGUCUCUAAAAUAAGUGCUAAUUAAACUCAGGGGAGAAGUUAGUAUGUCAGCUCAGCUGAAUCCCUGCUGCAUUACUGCUAUAUUUCUGUUUUACACACAAGGACAAAUUUUCAAGUACAUUUUAAUGUGCCAGGAUUACUAGAACAAUAAUAAUAUGCAACCAAAGAUUAAAAAAAAUUGUAGAGUGAUUCAAAGGUACACUAUGUAACUUUUUUGUUCAAAAUUAACAAAAUUUAA